CAACAGUGCACCCAGUCACACCACACGGUCCACAAAGCAGACACUCUGCAAGCUACUCACUCACAGAGAGCAACGCCUGCAUCUUCCCCCCACAUCGCAUCCACAUCUGUCCCUCGCGGCGUGCGCCACCGACCACUUGGGCAUACCAUCACCCCCCUCUCCCCAAAAGUCGGAACACCCAACCCCCACCUCCGUCGUCAUGACUUUUGGCUUCUCGCACAAGCCGCUCGUCCAGCUCGCCGGCAGCGCAAUCACCUCGUUCUACCGCAAGAUCGAGGUAUAUGGCGCCGAGAAUGUGCCCGACGAGGGCCCGAUCAUCUUCGCGUGCACCCACACCAACAUGGCUAUUGACCCUGCGAUCCUGUCCAACACGAUCCCCCACAAGCAUCGCCUCCACUACUGGGUCAAGGACUCGCUGUUCAAGAACCCGGCCAUGAAGGCCAUGCUCACGAAUGCGGGCAACAUCCCGGUCGACCGCAAGACCAAGAACAACCAGCUCUUGUUCCGCGGAACAUUUGAGGCCCUCGCCCAGGACGAGUGCAUCGGAGUGUUCCCAGAAGGAACAUCACAUACCGAGCCCCACCUCAUCCCCCUCAAGGACGGCACGUCGUGGACCGCCCUCGAGUACCUCGUCUACCUCAAUGGUUCGCCUGAGACCGGCGGCCCCCACAAGGGCAAGCCGGCUAUCAUUGUGCCUGUUGGUAUCGCAUACUGCGACAAGACAAAGUACCGGAGCCGCCUUGCUGUCACCUAUGGCCCGGCCCUCUCGAUGGACGCGUACCGGGAGGAGUUCUUGAGCACGCAGGAGGGCGCCAGCAAGUCUGCUGUUAAGCGCCUCACUGCCGACACCGCCCUGGAGCUGCACAAGAUGACGGUCAACGCGCCCGACUGGGACACUGCGUUCGCCGCGCAGAUGGCCCGCCAGCUGCUGUGGAAGUAUGAGGAUGACCUCGCGCUGGCCGACUAUGUCGACGUCGCACAAACCCUCGUCGAUCUCUUCUCGACAAAGGACAACGACCGCAUCGACCGGCUCAAGGGCUUGCUGGUUACCUACCGUGACCUGUUGUUCUCGUCCAGACUGUCAAACUAUGACCUCACCGACCUGCCCCUGCCCAAGUCGCUGGACCCAUCGCGCCCCACGCCUCUUCCUGGACGAUUGAGAACCCUCGCCAUUCUCAUCAAGGACACAAUUGUCUGCCUGUUCCAGUUCCCGCUGUUCAUCGCCCCAUUUAUCUUCAACCUGCCCAUCUACGCCAUCGGCAUCUGGGGCGCCAGCCUCGCAGAGGACGAGAUCGAGUCGCAGGCGCAGAACAAGAUCUUCCUGGGUCUUUUCCUCAGCUUUUUGACCUUCCCCAUUGCCUUCUUCAUCUUCUUCUACCUCUUCUGGUCGGUUCCGUUCGGGUUUGUGUUUGCAGCUGGCUCUGUCUGGCUCCUGUCGCGGUACCACGCUGCGUUGAUCGACUCCAACUACAAUGCGCUCAAGAAGCUUAUUGCCGCAUGGCGAGUUCUUGUCGGCGUGUGGCUCGGCCCUGGUGUUGAGAUGUCGCUCAACAAGUUUGUGGACAGCGCCGCCUCGUUUGCGCCCAACCCUCCGGCUGUGGCUGGCCUCCCGCCGGGAACACCCAAGGAGAAGUACACCAAGCCCCAGCACCUGCCAUCGCGCGUGCUUGUGCGCCACGUUCUCCGCACGCGUGUGCAGGCUGCACGCGAGCUGUCGGACGUGCUGCUCGAGCUCGAGGACCAGGAUGCGCGCCUCAAGGCAAAGUACUGGCUUGCGGAGCGGUACGGCGGCGAGGUGACCAACAUCGACCACACGGACAAUGUGCCCGAGUAUGAGCGCCACUGGCCCCAGCGCGUGCGUGGUGCCCGCGAGGUUAUCGCCUUCCUCCGUGGUCGCGGUGCGCGCUUCGCCUCUGCUGGGCGGGAAGAGCACUGGGCUGCCGCGUCGAGCGGCGACGAGGGGGACGGCAAGAACGGCAAGACAGAGUAGAAGCAGCAGCAGCAGGAGCAGAGUAGAAGCAGCAGCAGCAGGAGCAGCAGCAG